AUGUUUAUUACCAAGGCUAUUCUGAAAUGCAAACCUCAAAGUAGAUGGUACUCGACACUGAGUGUAGUAAAACACGAACUUCGGCCUUAUCAAAGGGAUGCCAUCCAAGCAGUACAUGAAGCCAUCAAACGAGGUGUCAGAAGACCUGCAGUGGUAUUGGCCACCGGUGGAGGUAAGACUGUGGUGUUCUCACACUUGAUCCCACAGUUAAAGUCCGAAACUCCUCUGAGAAGGAAAACAUUGGUGUUGGCUCAUACACAGGAGCUUAUCUUUCAAGCUGCCAGAUUGAUCAAGGCGACAAACCCAAACUUGAUAGUGCAAGUAGAUAUGAGUUCGUGGAAACCCAAUAUGGAUGAAGCGGACGUCAUAGUUGCAUCUGUACCCACAUUGGUUAGAAUGACACGUCUUGAACGGUACGAUAAGCAUCAAUUCAAGACGAUUAUCUUGGAUGAAUGUCAUCAUGCCACUGCAUCGUCCUGGACCAAAAUCCUCAACUAUUUCGAUGCUGGUGACAGUCUGCUGCCCGUUACAGUAGUAGGGUUCACUGCUACCAUGGAGAGAGCUGACGGGAUGCCUUUGGGUAAAGUUUUCGACGAGAUUGUUUAUCAGCGAGGCUUGGUGGAAAUGGUGAAGAAUAAGGAGUUGGUUGAUGUUAAGUUUACCACCUUGGAUGUGGAUGUAGAUUUCAGUAAAGUUAAAAGUAAACGCAAUGAUUUUGAUCAAGCGAGCUUAUCAAAUGCCAUGAAUACAGAUGAGAUCAAUUCCGUGGUGGCGGGGGCAUUCUUAAGAUUGAAGCAAGAGUAUGAUUUCAAACUGACAUUGGUCUUUUGUAUAGACAUUGCACAUUGUAAAACGCUUUGCGCUGCUCUACAGUCGAGAGGAGUGAAUGCCCAAUACGUGACGGGUGAUACCGUGAAAGAUGAACGGAAUUCCAUACUUGAUGAUUUUAAAAAUGGUAGGAUAGAUGUUUUAUGCAAUGUGAUGGUUUUCACAGAGGGGACAGAUAUCCCCAACAUUGACUCGUUGAUUCUUGCAAGGCCCACAAAAUCUAGACCAUUGCUUAUUCAGAUGAUUGGUAGAGGUUUGAGAUUACAUCCAGGGAAGGAGAAUUGUCAUGUGGUCGACAUAGCAGGAACUAGGUCUACCGGAAUUCAGUCUGUACCAACCUUAUUUGGAGUGGAAGACCCAAACGGUAAUAAAACUAAAAACUACGAAUUGAACGACUCUGAUCUUACCGAUAGACAAUUACAAAAGGAGGAACAACGGAAACUUCAAGAGAAGGCAUUGGUCGCUAAGCUUGCUCUUGAAGAAUCAAGGGCAGAAGCGAUGAACAUUGCCUUCCUGACAGUUGAUGGGUUUGCUGAACUUAUAGCAAAUAAUGUCCAGGAGUACGCAUCAGGGGAACUGGUAAAUCUGAAAAUACGAGAGCUGAAUUUGGCAUGGGUCCGGUUAGAGUAUGAUGUUUGGGGAGUCUCUAUACCAAUGUCCAACCAAUUUUUCACUUUAACUCGCGUAUCAAGAGAAAACUGUCCAGCAUUAUUUGAAUUGCGUCUUGUGGAGUUUGCUAGUUAUGCUCAAAUCCAAGCUUCUGGGAAGAUGUGUCCUCGACAACGAGUACAUGGCGUGCUUCAUUCGGACCAAAAUCUUGAUUAUAUUUUAAUUAGGGCGGAAACAUUCUCUCGUCAGUAUGCUGGCAAAUAUCCCAAUACAGCUUUAAAGUUUAAUAGAGGCUCACCCAAGCCGGUAUCUGAUAAGCAGAUUAAGGCAUAUGGUACCAAACUUGUUAGUAAGGCCAAGAAGCUUUACACAUUGGAUACGGACCAAAUCAAACAGUUUAGAGCAUCAUUGACUGCGAUGAAUAGUUACAGGUUCAAUGAUUUGAUUUUGGCUCUAAAGUACUCGAUCAAUAGCUUACACGUUCGGUGGGAACUUCAAAAGCUUCUUGGGUUUACUGACAAGGAGAAACGAAUGAUUAAUAGGUAUUCGAAGAAGAAAGAGGCGGACCGAUUCUUGGUGGGUAGUCGAGAAAGUGGAUUAGUUGGUGGGAUGAAUAAAUUAAAAUUAUAG